AAACAAUUAUUAUUUUUUUAUGUGCUUUUGGUGUUGACAACAGCGUGUAGGUGUUGGCAUGUCUAUUUCUCCCACGCGAGUCUGUUUUAUUAAGUGCUUAACGCAUGGUGCUGAUGCCAUGAAAUAUGUGUCAACACCAUACCCGGUUCGCCGCAAGGGAGGGAGAGAUUGGAUUGGACUGCUGCUGCUCAUAAUUGCCGCUGCCGCUGCCCACUACCUACCGCUGCUCACUGCCACUGCCAUUGUUGCUGCUCACUGCUCAGUCAUUUGCUGCUGCUCAUUACUUAGGGCUUGCUGGAGUUGCUGCUGUGUUGUUGGAGUUGCUGCUAUGCAGCUCACUGCUCAGAAACUUCUCGGAGUUGCUUAUUGCCUGCCACUGCCCAUUGCCUGUCGUUGCUCACUGCUUGCCGCUGCUCACUUCCUGCCGCUGCUCACUACUCAGUCAUUUGCUGCUGCUCACUGCUCAGGGGGCUUGCUGGAGUUGCUGCUGCUCAUUACUCAGGCGUUGCUGGAGUUGCUGCUGUGUUGCUGACUGCUAAGCAGCUUCUCGGAGUUGCUUGGAUAUUUAGAUUUAUAUUAAAUUAAUUAAUUUAUU